GGGGUCCUGGCUAGUCCCAAGUAACAGGUUGGGCUGUGUUAUUGGUGCGGGGAGGAUCUGGGCUGUCUCUUUGAAACUGAGCAGCUCGAUGUGUUGCCUCUGUGUGUACCAGGGAAAACAAGAGGAGAACAUUGUGAUACAGUUUCACUAGAGCUAUGUAUCUUCUGUUUCUUGCUCUCUUAGCUCUACCAUCUGGCCAGGCAGCCUCUCCAGGUCACAGCUGGGGGUACUCUGGAUCCAAAGGUGAGGAAAGCUGGCCAAAAAACUAUGAAUUCUGUGGUGGAGUCUAUCAAUCACCUGUUGAUUUUCACCAAAAUAUCCUACAAUAUGAUUCCACGCUGCAGCCUAUUAAACUGAGUGGCUAUAACGUGUCCUCUACAGACUCUUUCACACUGUCCAACAAUGGACACACAGUACAAAUGUCACUGGUUCCCACCAUGAAAAUAGAAAUCGAGCCUUUUCACUAUACUGCCUCCCAACUUCAUUUGCACUGGGGACAAAAAAGCACUCCAAAAGGAUCUGAACACUGCAUUGAAGGCAAAAGAUUUGCAGGAGAGGUGCAUGUUGUCCACUACAAUUCAGAUAAGUACGCUGACCUCUCCACUGCCAUGAAGGAAUCGGAUGGACUGGCAGUACUGGGAAUUCUGAUAGAGGUUGGCUCUUUCAAUCCAACAUUUGAAAAAAUUAUCUCUCAGAUUCAAAAUAUCAGAUUCAAAAACCAAAAAAUUCAGAUUGCAGGAUUUGGUGUACGAGAACUUCUCCCUGAGAGACUUGAUGAGUAUUACCGUUACGAGGGCUCUCUAACAACCCCACCUUGUUACCCAAGUGUGCUGUGGACUGUCUUCCGGAAUCCUGUGAUUAUAUCUGAGGAGCAACUGAUCGCCCUGGAGACUGCCUUAUACUGCACUGAUAGCAAUAGCUCUGAACCAGUGGAGAUGACCAAUAACUACAGACAAUUGCAGUCACAUGGAGAGAGACUGGUGUCUGUCUCUUUUCGCGAAGGUUUGGUUCUCACAAUUGCAUUAGCCUGUUUGCUUGCAGUACUGGUGAUUAUGGCAUUUACGUGCUUGCUGAUUCGUACAAAGAGAAGCAGAAAGCCCAGUGAUAACAGGAAUGUUGCAUACACAGUAGCUGCCGGUGUGGAAGAAAACACCUCCAAGGUGUGACGCGAUUCAGACUUCAGAUGGGCCUGUGGUGAAAGGCUUGUGACUACGUUUUCUAAUGUGCACACAAAAGCACAAAUGGCUUCCCUUUUCAACCAACAAUGCAGGAUCUGAAAUAAGAUCAUUAGAACCUGGAUUGCUUCUGUGACAAAAUUCAGAGGGUGAUGGAGAAAGUUGGCAAACCGGGGUCGGAUGGCUUGGAUAAUGAAUUCUAGUUGACUUUUUUUUUAAUUUUAGAAUAAUGUAAAAUAUUAUGACUUUAAGCAUGGCUUACAGCAGGAUUAUAUGGAUCGUUCACCUCUUUUCUCCAAUUGUCAACUGUUGGAUGGACAUGGAUGUAUGUCCCAAGGAACAAGUCAGACAUGAACCAAUUUGACAAGCAAAUGCCUGAUGCUGACAGUUGGAGCUUUGAAAUCGGGGAGGGUGGGCUGUGUGUUAUAGUCUAAAAUAUACAGGCUCAUAUUAAGUCACUUCUGGAAGGAGCUUGUCUGAUAUAGUAGUUUGGUUUCACCUGACCAUGUAUAACUUACCAUAGAGAGCAGUAUUCCAUGAGUGUAUUUUAAGCAACCUAUAUAUUAAUAAUUAAGAUAAUUGUAUGUGUAUAUAUACACAAAUCAUUUAGAACGUUUUUUCAUUAAUUUGAAUACGGUUUGUUGAAAGACUCAAAUAAAUUAUCUUUUGAAA